ACUAUGAACCACGACCAUUGAAAAAAGAAAUGCUGUAUGCCUUUAAAGUGAAUUGCCUUGGUAGUGUCCAAAGACAAAACUCAAAUAGUUUCUCUUAAGUUUUGAGUUUAAAAACGUUCGGCCUGGGAGUCCGUUAAGUUGUUAGCAACUUCCCCAAGUGGUGCGAACAAAUUGUAUCACAAGCAAGCGCGGGAAAAAACAAACAAAAAAAUGCUGGUUCGCCUUUGCAGGAUUAAUGUCCCGUUAUGUUUCUCUGUGGGGAAUUUUACCGAACGACUUCCGGUCGCAAAAUUAAAAGCGUCUUCACCUCGAAGAAUCAACGCAAAAGCCCUAACCGCAACAGCUAUUCACACGACUUCUUGUUUCGAAAGUCUAAAUUCGCGCCAAAAAGAACAGAUUCGCCACUAUGUCGAUGCUCUUCUUGAGUGGAACCAAAAAAUGAAUCUUACCGCGGUUACAGAAGCAAAUGAAGUGAUGAGAAGGCAUAUAGAGGAUUCACUUGCUAUGUUAACUCCUAUACGCAAAUCAUAUAUUUCGCAUUGUAGCUCUUCAAUUGAUAAUCUUAAACUCGUUGAUGUGGGUACUGGUCCUGGUCUUCCUGGAUUAAUUUUAGCCAUUGCUUGUCCAGGUUGGAAAGUGACCCUUUUGGAGUCAAUGAACAAGCGUUGCGUUUUCUUGGAGCAUGCAGUUAAUGUUACUGGGUUGUCAAACGUUGAAGUUUUAAGGGGAAGAGCAGAGAGUUUAGGUCAGAAUGAUUCUUUUAGAGAGCAAUUUGACGUAGCUGUGGCCAGAGCAGUUGCAGAAAUGAGAGUUUUAGCCGAGUAUUGUCUUCCUCUAGUUCGGGUUGGUGGACUGUUUAUUGCUGCAAAGGGCCAUGAUCCCCAAGAGGAAGUUAGAAAUGCAGAAAGAUCAAUCCAACUGAUGGGUGCGUCUGUAUUGCAACUUUGCUCCGUAGAAUCACACAGCCCAUAUGGACAGCGAACUGCCAUUAUAUCUGUUAAAGAUCGCCCCACUCCAAGGAAGUAUCCACGUGACCCAGGUGGGUAUCAAUGCACUACAAGGAAGAAAUAAUACUGGAGGAAUAAAAUGAGGUGUAAUUAUCUGGAGUUCAUAAAUAUUGAGAAUGUAACGAGCAUUUUUAUUUUAUUUUCUGUAAGCAAUAAUACUCCUAUGCAGGGGUGAGGCCACACUGUAAACAAGAGGGGGGCAGUUGCUCCCCUUUUUUAGUACCAUUAGAAAACAUAAAAGAGACAUGUCCUCUUGUAAAAUAGCGAAUUACCCCCCUUGUCUUGUGAAGAUUUACAUUAUAGUAUCAUAAUAAAUUAUUGGUUCACC